CGAGGAGGGGAAAAAGAGAGAGAGAGAGGAAGAAGAGAGAGAGAGAGAGAGAGCGUAGAGUAGUAGCAAAGCAAAAGGUGUGUUCGACGAUGGAUCUCUCCCAACUCCACGACGCCCUCGCCUCCAAAUCCUACGACAAGGUCGCCGAUCUCUGCGACGAGCUCCUCCUCCACGUUGCUUCGACGGGCGUCUCAUACCACGAGGAAUGGCCCUACGCUAUCCACCUCCUCGGCCACCUCUACGUGAACGAUCUAGAUAGUGCGAGGUUUCUGUGGAAAUCUAUACCGCAGGGGGUCAAAGAGAGCCGUCCCGAGCUCGUCGCAGUGUGGAAGAUCGGGCAAUGCUUGUGGACUCGGGAUUAUGCUGGGGUUUAUGGCGCUCUUCGUGGAUUUGAGUGGAGUCCUCUAGUCGUAGGCAUCAUUAAUGCCUUUUCCGAAAACUACACGAAGAGGAUGUUUCAGCUGCUAACAAAUGCAUAUUCGACAAUUAGUGUUGCCGAUGUGGCUCAUUUCAUGGGAAUGAGCGAGGAAGAUGCUACUAAGUAUGUACUGCAACACGGCUGGAGCUUGGAUUUAUCGUCUCAAAUGUUUACAGUGAAAAAGCCCAAGAUCAUCACCGACCAGAAAUUAGAUCCAAGCAAACUACAGCGACUAACCGAAUAUGUUUUCCACCUGGAGCACUGAUAUCCCUCUCUCUCUCUCUCUCUCUCUCUCUCUCUCUCUCGCGCGCGCGCGCGCGUUGAGUUGAUUGGUUGUAUUAGUUGAGUUCUAGAGGGAAUUCCCCUACUACUUUGGUUACAUUUGUUGAGCGAAAUGUAAGCAAGCUUGUUUUGUUUUAUGCAUUGGUGACCACCCUUUUUCAAAGGAUUUACUGUUUAUACCUCGUGGAGUAAGUGAACCUUGCGGUUCUAAUUAAUGUGCUAAUUUUUGAUUUUAUGGUCCAA